CUUAAGAAACUUUGAAAAUGCUGAUGUAUACUUGUCUGACACAAGGACAUCUAUCAAUUAUGUACAUGAAAACAAAAAAAUGUUAUUUAGUCACUGCUGCGUGUGUUACAUACUUACAUGUCACUUUAGAACGAGUGAAGUGUACCUGGUCACACUUAUAGAUGUUGAAUUUGACAAAAACCGGAGAUUUCCACGGAUUUUUCGCCGACUACGCCUGAAAAAUCCAAAAGUCAACAAUUAUCUUCAUCCUCCUCAUCUCGAUCUGGAGAAAAGAAUCCAUUUAAAACGGAAUGUCGUUUCUGGGAUGCUCCUCUCUCUCCUCUCAAGAAUUGAAAACGAAGAUAAAAAAAAGAGCUUUGAUGGAUAGAAAACGAUGAGCAUGUUUUUUUUUCUUCUGAAAGUUGGGUCCUCACCGCCGGCCGGUUCUAUCCGGUUUGGUUUCGAGUGCUGAACGGUUACUAAUCGGUUAAGCAAAAUCUCUCUUUCCUUUUCGGGAAAUCUACCGGUGCUCGUGAAAUCGUCGCUGCUUUCUUCAUCUCUAUCUUUCUCAUUGACUUGGCACUCGCUACCUUAGUGUGUGCUCGUGAAUGGGUUAUCUUCUCUCCCGCACGUCUCUCUCCGAUCUGAAGAGGUGCGAUUGAUAAGGUUUAUUCGUUGAUUGGUCCUUGUUUGUACAAGUUUCGCCAUCUCUCUGUUUGGGAUCUCAAAUUUCUGAAUUAUAUCGGGACGGUUGAUGGACACCGUUGCGGGAUUCUCCGAUUCGUAUGAAGUCAGCAACAUGAGCACCGCUAGCUACCUCGCCGCACCAGCACCAACGGAAAACACCGAGUCAUCUACUGUUUAUUCGUCGGAACCUCUCACCGGACCGGAGGUAUCGUUUCAACUGCUCUCCAACAGCCUCGAGUCUGUGUUUGAGUCGCCGGAAGAUUUCUACAGCGACGCCAAGCUGGUCCUCGCCGAUGACCGGGAGGUAUCUUUCCACCGCUGCCUUCUCUCCGCGAGAAGCCCAUUCUUCAAGAGGGCGUUAGCAGUCGCCGGGAAGGAGCAUAAAUCCGCAGUCGCAAAGCUCGAGCUGAAGAAAAUUGCGACUGAUUACGAAGUCGGAUUCGAUUCGGUGGUGGCUGUUUUGGCCUACGUUUACUGCGGCAGAGUGAGGCCGCCGCCGAAGGGAGUUUCUGAAUGCGCAGACGAUAAUUGCUGCCACGUGGCCUGUCGUCCGGCGGUGGAUUUCAUGGCGGAGGUUCUCUAUUUGGCUUUCGUCUUCGAGAUUCCAGAAUUGGUAACGCUCUAUCAGAGGCACUUACUGGAUGUUGUAGACAAAGUUAUCAUAGAGGACGCUUUGGUUAUACUCAAGCUUGCUAACAUCUGUGGUCAAGCAUGCAAGAAGCUAUUGGAUAAAUGCAGAGAGAUCAUUGUCAAGUCUAAUGUAGACAUAGUUAGUCUUAACAAGUCAUUGCCGCAGGACAUUGUCAAGCAAAUAAUUGAUGUCCGUAAAGAGCUUGGCUUGGAGGCACUUGAACCAGAGAAACAUGUCUCGAAUAUACUCAAGGCACUCGAGUCAGAUGAUGUUGCGCUUGUCGAUAUGCUUUUGAAAGAGGGGCACACGAACCUAGACGACGCUUGUGCUCUCCAUUUUGCUGUUGCGUAUUGCGAUGUGAAAACGGCAACGGAUCUCCUGGAGCUGGAGCUUGCGGAUGUCAACCAUAGGAAUCCAAGGGGCUACACGGUGCUUCACGUUGCUGCAAUGAGGAAGGAGCCACACCUGAUAGGGUUUCUGUUGACUAAAGGGGCAAAUGCAUCAGAAACAUCUUCGGACGGUAGAACCGCUCUCUUGAUCGCAAAACAAGUCACUAAGGCGGCCGAGUAUAGUUAUAUUCCGGAGCAAGGGAAGUCUUCUCCCAAAGGCCGACUAUGCGUGGAGAUACUAGAGCAGCCAGACAAACGAGACCCGUUUCCUGGUGACGUUUCUCCCUCUCUUGCAGUGGCUGCUGAUGAACUGAAGACAACGUUAAUUGAUCUUGAAAACAGAGUUCAAAUGGCUCGAUGUCUCUUUCCAAUGGAAGCACAACUUGCGAUGGAUAUCGCCCAAAUGAAGGGAACAUGCGAGUUUAUAGUGACUACCCUCGAGCCUGACUGUCCCACUGGCGCAAAGAGGACAUCGCCGGACGGAUAUACGGCACCUUUCAAAAUCCUUGAAGAGCAUCGGAGUAGACUAAGAGCGCUUUCUAGAACCGUGGAAUUCGGGAAACGCUACCUCCCACGCUGUUCGUCUGUGCUCGAUCAGAUUGCGGACUGUGAGGAGUUGAGUAUACUGGCUUUCGUAGAGGAAGAGACUCCUGAGGAACGACUACAAAAGAGGCAAAGGUUCAUGGAAAUACAGGAGACUCUGCAAGAGGCCUUCAAUAAGGACAAGGAGGAAUUAGGAAAGUCGUCUCUCUCAGCUUCGUCUUCUUCCACAUCGAAACCAGCUUCUACAAAGAGGUCUAAUGGUAAACUCUCUCGCCGGCGUCGUUUUGUUCUUCACUCUGCAUCCUGUGAAUUCCAGCUGCAGACUUACCAAGAAUCCAAGUGUGCAGGAUCUUCAGUGCAUUUUUUAACCUCUCUUGACUUCAGCUCUGAGGGUGGAGAUCAGAGAAGAGCGAGUGCACGAGUAUGUUCGGAAGCAGCCUGGCACUCUGGGCUAACUGCUUGAAGUCUAGUGUUCAUCUGAUGCAUAAUGGGUAGCUCGCUUGUUAAUGAUAGGUAGUAUACCCUUUGCAACGCUUAUAGGUGCAGAGAGAUGGAGAAAUGUGAACACUAGAAACCGGAAUAUAAAGUUCUUAGGACAAGUAGCUAUAUUUGCUAGUAAUGUUGAAUCUCACAAGCCCAUGAUCUGUCUCUUUCUGAAUCUGUUACUAGUGAUUCAACAUUACAAUCCGGGAAACACAAGGGAGGCAGAUCUCAGAUAGUUGGUGACGGUCAACAAGGCGAGAGGCCACCAGAAUGCAAGCAACAGUAAUCACUCUACUGAACAAAAAGGCAUGCGUGAAAAAAUAUAUAUAUUCUGGGAGAUUCAUUGUUCAUCUAGGAUGAGGAUUGAGAAAAAGGUUUGGGGGUUUUAUUUUUAUAUUUAUACUGAAAAUUCAUCUCUUUAGUGAUGAUGAUGCUCGUAGGAGUUUUGAUCUUUUACUUUCUUUGAAUCACUCAAGACUUAAGAGUAUUGAAUGACUUUGGUUUUUAUUUUAUGAAUUAAUGAAUCAUAUCAUCCCCUACUAGUUUUCAAUUUGAUCAACCACUAUUAUUGAUCUUUUGGUUUACCA